CCAUUUUUACUUAGGAAACACAUACAAGCAACUAGAACUUGAACUCUGGUGCUCCUGAUCUCUUUUUCCUCCUCUCCUUCUCUUCUUCUCAUUAAUUACCAAACCUUAAGUUAGGAUCCAACUAAAAAAUGGAGGGGAAUGGUUAUUCUGGAAGCUUUUUUCAAAGGAGCAAGCCUUACAUAGCCAUGAUAUCAUUGCAAUUUGGCUAUGCUGGCAUGAACAUCAUCACCAAGGUUUCUCUUAAUCGAGGGAUGAGUCAUUAUGUUCUAGUGGUGUAUAGGCAUGCCUUUGCUACUGCUGUUAUUGCUCCUUUUGCCAUUAUUCUUGAGAGGAAAGUAAGACCAAAGAUUACAUUUCCCAUUUUCAUGCAAAUGUUUGUGCUGGGUCUUCUUGGGCCUGUGAUUGAUCAAAACUUUUACUAUGCUGGGUUGAAAUUCACUUCUCCUACCUUUUCAUGUGCCAUGAGUAACAUGCUGCCUGCAAUGACAUUUGUCAUGGCAGUUCUUUGCAGGAUGGAGAUAGUGGACAUAAAGAAAGUUAGAUGCCAAGCAAAGGUGAUUGGAACUAUAGUAACUGUGGCUGGAGCCAUGUUGAUGACAUUGUACAAAGGUAAUGUCAUCAAUUUGAUCUGGUCUGAGCAUGUCCACACCCAUUCAUCUUCUGUUCCUGAAACUUCUAACAAGGAUUGGAUUAAGGGUUCCAUUCUUCUUAUCAUUGCUACAUUUGCUUGGGCUUCAUUCUUCAUUCUUCAGACAGUGACACUUACGCGGUACUCAGCUCACCUUUCACUUACAACAAUCGUGUGCUUUUUGGGCACUCUACAGUCCAUAGCUGUCACCUUUGUGAUGGAACACAAGCCUUCUGCUUGGACCAUUGGCUGGGACAUGAAUCUUCUUGCUGCUGCCUAUGCUGGAAUUGUGUCAUCAAGCAUUUCAUACUAUGUUCAAGGACUUGUCAUGCAAAAAACAGGGCCUGUCUUCGUUACUGCUUUCAGCCCUUUGAUGAUGAUCAUAGUUGCAAUCAUGGGCUCUUUCAUUUUGGCUGAGAAUAUUUAUGUUGGAGGUGUUCUUGGUGCUAUAUUAAUUGUAGCUGGACUCUAUGCUGUUCUAUGGGGCAAGCACAAGGAACAAAAAGAAAAAGAAGCUGAAAUUAUCCCGGAACCAAUUAAAGAAAAUGGAGAGAAUGGUGACACAACAGGAAUGAUCCAGGACAUUGAAGCUAACAAUUGCACCGAGAAGCAAAGGAAUCAAGCUAACAAUGUUACUGUGCCGUCCGUGGCUAUUACUGUUCCAACUUCACAGGCUCCCAUGACAGCCAGGGAAGCACCAAGAGCAUAAUUAGCUUAGGAGAGAAAUGAUAAAGACAGAAAUAAUAGAGGGUUGGCCAUGGAAGCUUGGAAGGGAAAGGAAAAUAAGCUUCUUUUUUAUUUUUUGUAAUUCCAACCUUACUAUUUUUACCCCUUUUUUGCCUUUGUUUUUUACUUUUUUGUUUUGUGGGAGAUAAAAUUAUGGGACUCACAAUCUUCCAUAUGUAACUGUGAGCUGAUAUUCUGUUGAUGAAAAGCUAAUGAGAGAAUGCAGAAUCUUCCUUUUUGGAUUUUAUAA